AUGGCCGAUGGUCGUUCAUUUCGGUUUUCCGAAAAUAAUUUAGCGGCUCUCAUUAAAAAAGGACAAGACACAAAAGUCUAUAGCAGACAUAAAGGGGCUCAUUAUAUAUUGUUAACAGGGCAAGAAAAGGCGGUUGAGGUUUUGGAAAGUUUGGCCGGAAAUGGCUAUCAACCGGACGAUAAUCUGCGGUUUGAAUUGGUUACUAAUCACGGAAAGAGACCAGAAAGUUCCAAUGCCGAAGCAAAUGCCGAAAAUCAAUGCCAAGGCAUCGUCCAAGAAAUAGAAAACAAAAUUAGGGAAGUCGGACCCGGCGAAUAUCCGCAGUGGCCGGAAAAAAUAAACGAGAUAAUUGCGGAUGACGGACUAGCCGAAAAAGCCAUUGACAAUAUUCAUAAAAUAGCC